GUAUAGGAAUCAAGCAAAAUAAAUUACUGUUGUUUGGGAUUCCUUCACUGACGCUUGAAGAAGCAACGCUGCCAGACAGAGUAGCCAAAACUCUGCUCCGCAGGCUCAAGUAGGACUGUGAAGCAGAGGGGUCUCAAGGCAACCAAGGCCUUGCCUUGAGGGAAUCCGAGACAGACCAGAGGGCUGAGAAGUACAGACCAGGAGGGAAGAAGCCAUCUAUAAAAUUGACAAGACAAGAACAUGGAUCCUUCAGCUGCCUAUGAUUUGCUGGUGGACGGUGUCCAGGACUGGGAUCUUACCGGUGACUCUGUUCCUUGUGAGCUGCUGCUCAUUGGCGAGACUGCCUUCCCAGUGCUGGUGAACCCCCAGGGGCAGGUCCUGAUCGCCGCCUCACAGUAUGGGAAGGGCCGGAUGGUGGUCGUCUCUCAUGAGAGCUACCUGGGGAGCCCCAAGAUGGCUCGGUUCCUACGCAAUGCUGUGGAUUGGCUCAGUCCCUCCCCAAGAGCAGUGAUUGGUGUCCAGAAGAGCUUGAGUUCCCUGCUGAGUAUUCUCAGUAGUUCUGGCACCCAAGUGCAGCCCAGUGAGGAGUUCAUUGCCUCAUUUGGGGUUUACUGUAUGGAUGCCUAUGAUGCUGCACAGGGGAGGGAGCUGAUCCAGUUUGUGAAGAGAGGAGGGGGUCUGCUCAUUGGAGGUCAGGCUUGGCACUGGGCCUCUGGACACAGCACAGAGAGAGUGCUGUUCGAUUUCCCUGGGAAUCAUGUAACCAGCGUGGCAGGAGUUCAUUUCACGGAUAUAUAUGGUGAGAUGGGGACCUUCAGCAUCUCAGACAAAGUGCCUGCAAUUCCCUUGAUCGCUCCGCAUGGGCUAGAUUUCAGCAGAGACUUAAACCUUCUCCUAAGAGGUGUGUCAGAGCUAGACAUAGUGACAGAUGGUGUCCCCUCUCACCUGCUGGUCCAUGGCACAUUGGCCUUCCCCCUUGGCUUGGACGACGCCUAUCAAUGCUUUCUUGCAGCAUCUCACUAUGGCCAGGGCCGUGUGGUGGUGGCUACACAUGAGGUCCUUCUUAGCACCCCGAAGCUCACAGACUUCAUCCUCAAUGCCAUUCAAUGGCUGGGUGCUGAAAAGAAAGGGAGAAUUGGCAUCAAUCCCAAUCUGAAGGCCCUUCAUGACCUGCUGACUCAAAGGCAGGUGGUAUGUGAGAUUUCAGAGCUUACCGACAAUCUCAGCAUCUACUGCUGCCAGUCCUACAGUGACAACGAAGCCAAGAAGAUCCAUGAGUUUGUGGCAGAAGGAGGGGGCCUGCUGAUUGGAGGUCAGGCUUGGUGGUGGGCUUCUCAGAAUAAGGGCCAAAACGUUCUGGCUGAAUAUCCUGGCAACAAAAUCCUCAAUGGAUUCGGGAUCAGCAUCCUGGGGGAAACCAUGGAGGUAGGCAAGUACCCAGCAUUACGACCCGAAGAGCAGCAGGGACAUUACCACUUCCGCAGGGCACUCGCUCAGUUCCAGCAGCACCUAGACAAGAAGGAGGAACUGCAGCCCCCAGUGACAGGCUGGCUUCAGAAACUCAGCCAGGACUGCGCCAAAGUCCUUCAGAUCCCAAUCAAAAAUGGCCACGUCUACACCUCAUUGUACCACAUCCUGUACGAGAUGGUGCAGAGCAAUGGGAUCCCACUGGUGAGCAAGGAACACCCAGUCAAGAGGCACUCCAAGGAGGUCGUGCUGCUUCAUGUGGCUACAGCAUUAUGCCAAACCAUGUCCGACUGUGCGAGGCUAGCACUCUGUGAACUCCCCACAGUCCCUAGCAUCACUGUGGAAAUCAACUGCACAAACACAGGUGAUGCAGCAUGGAGGAGCACAGGACUUUACCUUCCGCGUGGGAACACAGUGACCUUUGUAUUUCCUAGCGCUGCUACUGGAGUUGGCCUGCAGGUGCAGAUUGGGUGUCACUCAGAUGACCUCAGCAGAGCAGAGGAGCUGAAACGUCCCCCUGUGGUGAUACGCAGAUGUGAUGUCAAAGAUCAGGAGAUGUCAGUCUCCUCUCUCUGGGGGGGCCUCAUUUACAUCAUAGUGCCAAAGGGAAGCCAGCUGGGGGGAGUGUCUAUCACUGUAAAAGGGGCUGUGCAGGCUCCUUUCUUCAGGCUUGGAAAGACAUCUAAGAGCCAGUGGCUGACCUGCAUCCGUCACUAUCCAGCUCCAUGGGCAGAACUAGCUACCCAGAACAUCAUCUUAACGGUGCCUGCUGACAGCAUCCGUCCCACAGACGAUCCAGAGCCUUUGCUGACCCUCUGGGAGCGGAUUAUGGCAGCUAUAGCUGAGCUGGCAGCUACACCAGCCACGUUCCCUCGGCCAGAAAGGAUUGUAGCGGAUGUUCAGAUCUCAGCCGGCUGGAUGCACGCUGGCUACCCAAUCAUGUGUAAUUUGGAUUCAGUGAAGGAGUUGGUGAACAUGGAACACAUGCAAGAGAAUGGCCUUUGGGGUCCCAUCCAUGAGCUGGGACACAACCAGCAGCGGGCAGGCUGGGAAUUCCCCCCUCACACUACUGAGGCCACCUGCAACCUGUGGUCUGUCUAUGUGCAUGAGAAGGUGCUGGGGAUCUCCAGGGACAGAGCCCAUGAAGAGCUACAGCUGCAGCAUCGCAAUAAAAGAAUCAGCGAUUACCUUGGCAAAGGAGCCCAGCUAAAGGACUGGAAUCUCUGGACCGCACUGGAGACCUACCUGCAGCUGCAGGAAGCCUUUGGCUGGGAACCUUUCAUCCAACUCUUCUCUGAAUACCAGACAAUGUCUAACAUCCCCACAGACAACCCUUCCAAGAUGAACCUGUGGGCAGAGAAGUUCUCUCGGCAGGUGAAGAAGAAUCUGGCCCCUUUCUUUGUGGCUUGGGGCUGGCCCAUCAAGGGGGAAGUCUCUAAGAAGUUGGCAUCUCUGCCCAACUGGGAUAAGAACCCAAUGAAGAAAGUGUGAUGCUUUAUUCACAUGGAAUGGUGGCUGUAAUUUUUAGAGAUAAUUCAGAGUCACUUGUCUUUCCUAUAAGGCUAGAUUCAAAUCUGUUUGGUGCGAGUUUAUUAAUUAUCUGUUUCAUACUUGUUGGUAUUUCUGAAGUAAGUUGCCUUUGCCAUGUGAAGCAAACGUCUUCCGUGAUCUGAAUUUUCUGUUCCUUUCUCUGGGCCAGCUUCUGCUAACUUUGUUCUCAUGGAGUAGCAUCUUACUCUGAGAAAACCCAUUGAUUUUAGUAGGGCUACUUGUGGAUAAAUACCUUACUCUAUGAGUAGUCCUAUUACUCCACGUGAGUCAGGGAAACAAACCAAAGAUAUCCACAGCACUGAUUACCUGCCAGGCUAGAUUAGUAAAUUACCUUCUACUAUUUUCAGAACACAUUUCAUAUUUUGGGGUGUAGCUUAGUCACUCCUAGCUAUAAUCUGUAGCGAACUCUUGGGAAAAUAUCACCUGGCCCUGAGUUACUGUGAUUUAUCAAUUUGUUUCAAUCUUACUUUUUUUUUUUGAUACCUCCGUAUCUGACAAUGCCUCAUCUUGAUUGCCUGUAUAGAGGAGGUAUCUGCCCACGUGCCUUCUGAUGAAAACUGAUAAAAAGAAGUUGCUGAGGAUUUCCCACACCCUUUCUUGUGAUAGAUACCACGCUGAGAUGUCUAACUGUCCCUACUGAUGGAGCUCCCCCCUCUUCCCUUUUGAAGACCAUUCCACAGUCUAAAAAAUCCCUCCCUGUGAAGAGAUGUUUCUUGAUAUCCCGUAUAAAGUUCACCUCUGCAUCUUUUGCUCAGUUGCACAUUCAUCAGAUUAAUCUGGAGCAUCCAUAUUAUUCCAGUUCUGGGUCAACCUACAUUUCUCCCACUGCAGUUCAUUCCUGUCCAUCAGUGGUAGGGGCCUGAGUUCUCUCCCUUUGCUGUCCAUUUAUAUGUCCAUCAGCAGCACUUGCUACUUCAGUCCUGGGUUCCAACAAAAUGUUGCUAAUACCGCAAAUUGUAACUUUCAGAAAUUCUUGAAAUUCCCUUUGAGGCUCUAAUACAGGUUGAACAAUACACCACAAUUCUGAUAUACCACUUCCUUGCGAUUUUAAUUCCAUGAGCUCCCCACAGCUCUGCUGCUGUCCCUCAGUCUUGGUCUGCUCUGCUCCCUUCCUUGUCCGUCCUGGGAUUCCUCCUACACAUCUGCCAAAGCACCUCAACAUUACCAUGAGCACAGAGCCAGCCCUAGACUAAAUGGUGCCCCAGGAGAGGAGCAUCUUCAGCGCCACCCCCUGCAUUUGUUAAACUUUUGAAUACCUUAUUUUUAUUGCAUUUGUAGCCCAUUUCAUGACUUCGAUGCAUGAUUUGCACACAUGGUUUAUCCCUGUCAUAUAAGAUGAUAAAUUUGCACUCUAGGAUCUGUAAAUCUAUAUUUAUCCGUGCCAUAUGUAAAUGUCCUUUAUUAGUUGCUACUUAUACUCUUCGAGUCUUAAUACACAAGUAUACUUUCACAAUUAUACAAUAAAAUAAGGUUCACAAUA